AAUCACAAGUGGUCUGACACCCAGACAGUCCAGAUGCUCUAUAUUCCUUUCCAGAAGGAUAGGAUCUAGUUUAUUUGUCAUACUAGUGACUCCCUGGUCUACGUCUACCACAAUGUCAUCCAUCACCAAGUCAUCUUUUUUCUACAAGAAAUCCAAGAGCAGCUUUUGCAAGCCGAGCAAUCCAGAAGAGCAAACCCAUGUUCGCAAAUGGAGUUCGUGUAGCACGAUGUCCGAGGCCUCUUCUGCGGGCUCCCAUCGCACUAGGUCUGACAGCCUCAAUCCUCUUUCUUUACAUCCGCCAUUCAACCUCAACGCCUUGCCCAAUGUGGUGCCCGAGUUCGAUAUAGUGCGGUAUCAAGAGGACGAAGAACGUGAAGCACGCUUCUUCAACCAGACACGACACGCCCAAGAUUACAUUCAAGAUACGGCAGAAUAUUCACCCGUCAAAGGCCACAACUGCUACUUUCAAGGCCCGAAAGCACGACCGUAUCAAUACGACCAGGACUCUCAGUGGCCAUUAAAGGACUGGCAGGCUAUUCCUCCCGGCCUAUCCGAUUCUGGUUCACCGGCAGCUUCGGCAGCUUCAUCGCCCACUCGACUUGAUGUCCCUCGGCGACGAAAUACAGACUGGUCGGCUGACCAUGACAACUUGAAGCGCGGAGCCUGGAAGCGUCGUGGCAUCGUUUUUCACUUAGACGAGCGGGAUAAAGAAAUGCAAGAGCUUCAUUUCGAACUACCGGAAUAGGCGAUCAUGAGUAUCCAUUUACCAUGAUCACCUUGUCCUAUUCAACUUUUCAUCUACGAAUCCAUUCGCUUACACACGGCAUGCCGAAUCACUUAUACUUACACUUACCAUCUUUUAACUCGGUUCAAAAUUUGGUUUUGACACCUAUUACUGGCACGAUUUGUUACGAUGUUACGUUUUUAUCUCUUAUGUUGUUUGGCAUGAGACGCACAGUUUGUUCCAGGGGAACAACAUACCAUGGAAGGCUCGGAUCAAUUUGGAGACAAUUCUCUGGCCCACCACCGACUUAUUUUCUAUCUACAUGUAAUCUAUUAGGGUUUAGCAUCCAGCCGGCGCGUAAG